AUGGCUAGUGAGGAUAGUUUUCUAGUUCUAGUACACCACAGAGGAUCGAUUAAGAGAAAAACUCGGUCUGGGGUGAAGUUCACGGAUAAGGAUCCUCUAUGUAUUAUCAUGAGCCCCGCGACCAGUUACGAUGGUCUCGUGAGCUCUGUGCUUGGCAAACUUGGUCUGGAAGGAGUGAAGAGAGUUAAGAAGUUUUUCUAUCGCAUUCCAAUCACGGUGCUCCACGAUACGGUGAAGUAUGAUUGUUUCACGAUCGGGAGUGAUGAGGACUUGCAGGUCAUGUUUCUUUCUCGUAGGCAGUUUCCGGAGGUGAGGACACCGGAGCUGUUGGCUAAGUUCGUCGACGUGGUAUCUAGCUCUGGUGGGUCGAACCGGAAUGCCAACACUAUAGCUACGGCGGCCGGUUCGAGCUCGAGACCUGCGGUUGCUUCUUCCUCCGUUCCAGCGUAUGAGGCAGCGGUCCAGCCUGCCGCCUCCCCAUCGUUUGCUGUUGAUCUCGCCAGCAAUGUUGGAGACGAGGUUGGAUAUGAUGAACAUCAUCCGACUCAAUUACAGUGUCCUCCUCCGGCUGGUGUUGGCGAGGGAUUGUGUGAUGAUCCAGAUGAUGAUGAAGUCGAGCCGGAUAUUAUCGCUGAUGAAAGCGGUGAUGAUGUUGGAGCGAGUGAUCCGAUAAUUCCUACUGGUGGUUCUAGUUUUGGCACCAAUCAGUACCCACCCCAUUUCUCAUCUUUGGAUCUGGAUGCCAUGAGGCAGGACGGACAUCUUGGGCAGCUAGCUGGAUUUGGCGCCAGAGAUACCGACGGGUCUGCCGGUAUAACAGAGUUCCAGGUUGGUCAACAGUUCCAGGAUAAAGAUGAGGCGCUGUUGAGUGUCAAGACGUAUAGCAUCCGCCGAGGGGUUCAGUACAAGGUGGUUGAGUCUGACUAUCGCCGGUACGUGGGAAAGUGUUCUGAGUUUGGGAAUGGGUGCACAUGGUUGAUUAGGCUGAGCCUCCGACAGCGCAAGGGCAUCUGGGAAGUCAAGCGGUACAACGGGCCGCAUACCUGUCUUGCCACCUCCAUCUCCAGCGACCAUAGGAGCUUGGACUACCACGUGAUAGCGACAUUCAUCAUGCCAAUGGUUAGGGCUGACGCAUCCGUCAACAUCAAGGUGCUUCUAAAUGCAACGGCAGCACACUUUGGCUUCAGGCCUACAUACCGGAGGGUAUGGAUGGCCAAGCAGAAGGCGGUAGCAAUCAUCUACGGGGACUGGGAUGAGUCGUACAACGAGCUCCCUCGGUGGGUCUUAGGAGUUCAGUUGACUAUGCCUGGCACUGUAGCAGUCCUCAGGACCUGCCCUGUUCGAGUUGGUGGACAGGUGGAUGAGUCUCAGGCUUAUUUUCAUAGGAUGUUCUGGACUUUUCCCCCUUGUAUCGAAGCAUUUCGUCAUUGCAAGCCGUUGGUGAGUAUUGACGGCACCCAUCUAUAUGGAAAGUAUGGGAGAACGUUGCUCGUGGCGAUUGCACAGGACGGGAAUUCCAACAUACUUCCUGUGGCAUUCGCACUAGUUGAGGGUGAGAAUGCUGAGUCAUGGUCCUUCUUUCUCUCCCACCUCCGUCAGCACGUGACACCUCAGCCAGGUCUGUUAGUUAUUUCAGAUAGGCAUAACGGCAUCAAGGCAGCACUUGAUGCACCUGAUGGGGGAUGGCUACCUCCGUCUGCAUACCGAGCAUUCUGCAUUCGACACGUUGCAGCAAAUUUCGCCCUCACCUUCAAGGGUAAAGAUGCCCGGAGGCUUCUUGUCAACGCCGCAUAUGCGAAGACCGAGGUGGAGUUUGAGUACUGGUUCGACAUCAUGCGCUCUGAGAAUCCGGCAAUGUGUGACUGGGCGAACCGAAUUGAUUACUCGUUGUGGACACAGUACUGUGAUGAGGGCCGGAGAUUCGGGCACAUGACGACCAAUAUAUCAGAGUGUGUCAAUUCAAUCCUGAAGGGGGUAAGGAACCUCCCUGUUUGCUCGCUGGUUAAGGCCACAUACGGAAGGCUGGCUGAGCUAUUCGUCCGUAAGGGUAGGGAGGCCGAGGCUCAGAUGGGUACUGGACAACAAUUCAGUUAA